CAACGCCUCGCUCUCACGACCUCCUUCUCGACAUCACCCUCUUCUCUUCUUCACACCGCCGAUUGCAAUGGCAAAGAAGACACAGUCCAGAGCGCAGGCUAAAGCAGCUUCCAAGUCGAGGCCUCAGGCCACCUCUCAGCCUGGGUCGUCAACACCUGCCAUCCCACCCAAGACGGCCUUCUCGCCUCGAUCUAAUCAUCUGGCCAUCCUCUCCAACACGCUGGAUCGACAGAGGCUGUCCGUCUACGAAACGUCACCUUCAUCGUCUGCAUCGAGGCUACUGGUCCACUAUGUCAUCCCCAAUGCAGCAAACGCACCAUGCAGUGCCAUUGCAUGGACCUCAUUGCCGCCAGCAGACGCUCGCAGCACGCCUCAAUCAAAGAAGCACAAGAAGUCGAGGAAAUCUACCGAUGCUACCGACGCCGAAGCAUCUUCCUCUUCAUCUUUGCCCUUCAGGCCCAUCAUAGCUCUCGGCUUCCAGUCAGGACAGAUCCGCCUCUUCGAUGUUGCGCAAGCAAAGGUCAUCCGAGUCCUCGCAGAUUCGGUCAGCGGGGCCACGAGCGCGGUUGGCAACGCCAUCACCUCUCUUUCUUGGCCCAACACCUCAACGACACUGUAUGCUAUUGCGACAGACGGUAUACUCAGGCAAUGGGACCUCGCAGCCAUCUCUGCCAGCCCGUCGGCGGACGUAGAUGCCCCCGUAGCGCCGGCGAAGCGCGUGGCCCCUUCCUCCUCAUCGUCAUCUACCGCGAACACUCUCGUGUCCAUCUCCCCUUCAUCAUCCAACACCCUCGUUGCUCAUCACUCAAUCUCUCAGCUUUCUUCGGGCGACGAUGGCAAGGCGACAGCAACCUACUCAUCACAUGCCACCCCGCUCACCCACCUCCAUUGGCUCAAUGACUCGCAUUUUGUCUCGGCAGCAAGCGAGGACCCUGUGCUGUACGUGUGGAAAGUGGGGACAAAGGCUGCUUUGGCAACUAUUGAGCUCGAACAGGGUCAGGACGUACUACGCCUUGCCUCAUCUACCUCGGCGGAGGACAACGUGACCGCACUGGCCGUCGUAGCCUCGCAGGGAUUCGUGGGGUUGUACGACGUGACUAAGAUCCUCUCUAGUAGCGCAGCGGGAAGCAGCAAAGCUCCGUCCAGCACGCAGCUCCUCCAGCCCGCCGCAAGCACCACAGCAUCAUACAGCGUCGAUUGCUGCUUCUCCUCCGACCGCUUGCAACUCGCUCGCCUGAUCAAGGGCCUCAAGCUUGAGGUCCCCUCCCUUUCCAUCCGGGACGUGGCCACCAACGCCCUAGUCAAGUCCCUCGCGCCCCUCUCUUCCAAAGCUGGCGGCGCGAGUGGCAACGUCCUUGCUUCAGGCCAUGACGAGGAAGCUCUUGCGCAGGGCAAUGCCGGUCUGCAGCGCUAUGCAAACCCGACUACAGCAAAGGGCAAACAAAGCGGGGCUACUACUGCCGCGGGUGGCUUCGUUGGUGAAGACGGCAAGGUCGUUGAUGCUUCUGCGGACGGACCGGUGGGUGAUGAAGGCGCGCUCGACCAGGAAGCUGGUGGACUGGAGGAUGAACAGACCCUUGAGGACAGGCUGCGUGGUAUGCGCAUGAUGAAGAAGGGCGGGCGAAGCGCAGCCAAGCUCAACGGAACUGCAGGCGACGAUGACGCAGAAGCGUCUUCGUCCGACUCGGAGGACGAUGACGACGAAGACUCUCCCCGCAAUGGCGCGGGCUCAGCGCCUACCACCUCCCUCUCCCUCUCCACCUCCCUCUCUCAAGCCCUCCACUCCUCGGACAGCGCCCUUAUCUCCUCGCUGCUGCGCUCUGCCAACCCGCAGCUCAUCAAGUCAACAGUCAUCCGUCUCUCCGGGCCGAACGCGGUCAAGCUUCUCGAAGCCUGCGUCGAACGACUCCACAGUCGUGGUGGGGCGCACGGAUCCUCUGCCGCAUCGAGAGGGACGGUGGGGAGCAAUCGCGCCCGCGGGUUGGUGGAGUGGGUCAAGUGGACUCUGCGCUUGCAUGCGGGCUAUCUGAUGAGCCUUCCGGGACUGACGAGCAGGCUGGCUGCACUGCAUGGGAGCUUGACACAUCGUCUUGCCUCUCAUCAGAGGCUCGUCGCUCUUCAGGGUAGGCUGGAGCUGGUGCUGGCGCAGGUUGAGAUGAGAGGUCAGUAUGACGCGCAAGGGAGGGGUCUGCAGGGCGUCUCGACUAAGAAGGACAAGGCUGCGACUGCACCAAAGGGCAAGGCUGGGGGCACGGUGUGGAAGGAGGAUGAUGAUGAGGAUGAAGAUGAGGAGGACGGCAUGUCCGUCGACGAGGAUGAAGACGAAGACGACGACGAGUCAGACUCGGACGACGAUGACGACGACGAUGACGACGAAGAUGACGAAGUAGCUGCAGCGGACGAGGAAGGCGACAUCGACGAGAUUGGCCUCGACUCUCACAUCAACGGCGCCGGUGCUGGCGCUGAGGACGAUGACGACGACUCAGAAGAGGAGGUCAUCCGUCCAGCUGCGAGACGCAGGGCUGCCAAGGCUGCCGCCAGCAAAGCGGACACGAGCGCUCUCUCCGGCGCAGCUACGUCAGAUGAGUCGGGUGAGGAGGAUGAGGAGAUGGAUGACGAUGACGAUGAGGAAGACGAUGAGGAAGAUGAGGACGAGGAGGACGAGAGCGAGUUGGAGGACGAUGACGAAGAGGAAGAUGAGGAAGACGACGAUGAUGAUGAGGAAGGAGGAGGGGGGCUCAUCGAUGACAUGGCAGAAGAAAGCGAUGGUGAGGAAGAGAGCGACGAGGAGAGCGAUUGA